UCUGGCCUUGGUCGCGCAGAGCGGUGUAGCUAGCUGUCACGGAUUUCCCAGCUGUACGACUCGGUUGCCGUGACCCACCUGGCGACCUCGUCCGCCAAGUCUGCUCGUGAACCGGGAGCCGCCGCAGCGAAGCCGAGCCGCCAUGCUCAAAUGCAGGAGCGCGUGGCGGAAGCUCGCGCCUUUAGCCAAAAGCUCGUCUACUCUGUGCCGGCAGAACGCGAGGAGAGCAGGGCUGAACAAUGUCAGAAUACCAACACUACCUGUGGCUCACAUGUCCACUGGACCUGGAGGGUGGAAUAGGGAUAGACUGCUCUACGCCCUUCUGGUUGGAGGAGCCGCCAUUGGUACAGGACUAUAUGCGUAUCAAAUGCUCGAGGAAGCCAAAGAAAGAGAUCAGGAGCGUAUGAGACUAAUUUUAUCUAGAGCACAAAAAGCAUCCACAGAGAAAGCAGCUCCACCAGAGCAGACACACACUUCUGCUGCAAAAACAACAGAAACAAAGGCCAUCCCUGAGCCAGGGCCUGAAGCAGCACCUUCACCAGAGGAGCAGAGCCCAACAACGGCUGAGGCUGUACCAGCGCCCCCCAGUGAAACACCUGAACCAGCCCCAGCAGAGGACUCCACACCCACCCUGAAGUUCCCCUCACAUGCUCCAUACCUCCUCAUUGGUGGAGGCACCGCAUCUUUUGCUGCUGCCCGGUCUAUUCGAGCCAGAGACCCGGGUGCCAGGGUAUUAAUUGUAACUGAUGAGCCGGACCUUCCAUAUAUGAGGCCACCUCUUUCUAAGGAACUCUGGUUCUCUGAUGACCCCAGUGUGACAGAAACACUGCGCUUCAAACAGUGGAAUGGAAAGGAAAGAAGUAUCUACUUCCAGCCGCCAUCUUUCUACAUUACAGCUGAAGAGUUGGACAGUGCAGAGAAUGGAGGAGUGGCGGUUCUCACUGGCAGAAAGGUGGUUCACAUGGAUGUCAGGGGAAACAAAGUUAAACUGGAUGAUGAUAGAGAAAUAUCAUAUGAUAAGUGUUUGAUUGCUACAGGUGGUGUGCCAAGAAAUCUACAAGUCAUUGAAAGAGCAGGAGAGGAGGUGAUAAACAGAACAACUUUGUUCCGCAAGAUUGAAGAUUUCAAAUCACUGGACAAAGUCUCCAGGAAUGUGAAGUCUAUUACAAUCAUUGGCGGAGGCUUCUUGGGCAGCGAGCUGGCCUGUGCCCUUGGCAGGAGAGCAACCGAGUCUGGCCUGGAGGUGAUACAGAUGUUCCCUGAGAAGGGCAACAUGGGAAAAGUCCUGCCUGAGUAUCUGAGCAACUGGACAACAGAGAAAGUCAAGAAAGAGGGUGUAAAAAUCAUCUCAGAAGCUUUGGUGAAAUCUGUGACCUUCAAAGACGAUACCUUAGAAAUCAAACUGAAAGAUGGGCGACUGGUGAAAACCGAUCACAUUGUUGCAGCUGUUGGCCUGGAGCCCAAUGCUGACCUUGCCAAGUCCGCAGGUCUGGAGGUGGACUCCGACUUUGGUGGCUAUCGAGUCAAUGCAGAGCUGCAAGCAAGGUCCAAUAUUUGGGUGGCAGGAGAUGCAGCUUGUUUCUACGACAUCCGACUUGGCCGCAGACGAGUGGAGCACCAUGAUCACGCCGUGGUGAGCGGAAGGCUAGCUGGAGAAAACAUGACCGGGGCCAGCAAACCCUACUGGCAUCAGUCAAUGUUCUGGAGUGACCUGGGACCUGAUGUGGGCUAUGAGGCCAUUGGGAUCGUUGACAGCAGCCUGCCGACAGUGGGAGUGUUUGCUAAAGCCACCGCCAAAGAUACACCUAAAGCUGCUACAGAGGAGUCAGGCACCGGCAUCCGCUCAGAAAGUGAAACGGAGGAUACAGCCAGCAGCCCAGUGGCCUCUUCAGCACCUGCACCUGCUGUGGAGCACAGCAAAGAUGAUUAUGGCAAAGGGGUCGUCUUCUAUUUGAGAGACAAAGUAGUGGUGGGCAUAAUCCUGUGGAAUGUGUUCAACAGAAUGCCCAUAGCGAGAAAGAUUAUUAAGGAUGGAGAGGAACAUGCGGAUCUCAAUGAAGUGGCCAAGCUGUUCAACAUCCAUGAGGAUUAACUUAGUGUUUUCUGGGGAGUGAGCUUCAUUUGAAGUCUGAACUUUGGCAGCCACCGCCGCGCUCUGUCAUGUGAUGCAUACAAAACAGGAGGAUCCGUGUAAAUUCUGUCCCGUCACUGACAUUUUUCAUAAUCGGAAUUUGUUUUUCUGUUCAAUUCAGGGAAAAAACACUUGUCCUACCGCUACCACAAAAUUAGUGUGACUGUCUAUCUACUUCCCCUGAAACAGGCUGCAAAUGUUGAGCAUGGAUUAUCAUUUCCACUGUGUGAUCAGAGCAGCUUGUCGUGAGAAAAGCUGCAAUAAAAGUUAUUUUUAAAUCUGA